AAAAGUGUGUGAUCAACAAACGUCUAACUAGAGAAUGGAACUGAGUUUGGUUUGUAUGGUCCAUACUACACGUACACCAGUCUCUUACAGCCUUUUUCUUGAUCCAAAAAUAUUUUAAAGUGGAUGGAGAUUUUAGGGUUUGUCUUUCUAGACGAAGGGAAAUAGAUACUCCUCCAUCUUCCACUUUCUUUUCUUUUUCUCUGAUUAUCAAUACAAUAUACAAUCUUUAGAAAGAAACAGAAAUGGCAGGCACAAUAGGGAGAAAUCUCCAUCUCUGCUUUACCAAGAUCAAACGGCCUUUAGACUCCCAAUCUCCCUCUACUCCUCUAUCUUCCCACGAUCAUAGCGAUCCACUUAUCAUAAAAAGCUAUAACUCUCUUUAUGAUGACACCUUAGACUCCUCCGCUUUCAAAUCCCCGUCUUCCUCCUCCUUCUCCUCUGCUUCCGCUGCCGCCGUUUCCUCCUCUGAACCUGAUUUCGCUACCGUAUAUGCCUCCCAACGGUUUUUCUUCUCUUCCCCAGGCAGCUCCAACUCCAUAAUCGAAUCUACACCAUCCAUUGCUACUCCUACAGAAUCAUCUGACUCGCUAGUUAGUAGUGCGGCGGAUGCGCCGCUUUCAGACAGUAGUAAUACGAUGAACCAAUCGAACUGUUCCUCGUCUUUAGAGUCUUGGAACUCAUCGACAGUUAAAGAUAGUGUAGCGGUCCCCACAUACUCGCCGGACCCGUACUUGGACUUUAGGCGAUCCAUGCAGGAGAUGGUGGAGGCGCGGCGAUUGGAGGACGUGAAAGCCAAUUGGGACUACUUGCAUGAGCUUCUCUUGUGUUAUCUUGCGCUAAAUCCUAAGAAUACACAUAAAUUUAUUGUUCGAGCUUUUGCUGACCUUCUUGUCAGUCUGUUGGCCUCGCCGCCUCAGUUACCGGCAGAGGAGAAUGAUUCGGACGCCGGUGGUUGCGAAAUUUCGCGGCAAUGCACGUAACAUGUAAUGUGGGUGUGUCGGACAAUGAUUGGGUAAUGUUUUUGCAUUUGAUUUGGCAAAAUAUUUAAAAAGAUGGCCCUUCUCUUUUUGUCUUUUAUGGUAUUGCCUUAUCUCUUACAUUAUUUUGCUUUUCA